AUGAAAUAUGCGAUAGACCAUUUUGGCCCCCCGCCAUCCAAGGUCCCAAACACUGUAUAAAAAAAAAAAAAGUCAGGUGAAUUUUGAACCAGCUUGUAACAUAUAAAUAUUGGGUUUGGCUAUGAUUUUGCUUCGCUUCAGCUUCAAGACUCCAAAGCCCUCCUUUUCUGGGGUUGUUUGUUAGUUAUAAGAAUCGCCAUGCCUACUUCAAGUAAGAGCAUAAGCAGUUCUAGUGAAGAUGACAGUGAGGUUCGGAGAGGGCCAUGGACUCUUGAAGAAGACAAUCUGCUCAUUCACUAUAUUACUGAUCACGGUGAAGGCCGUUGGAAUUUGCUUGCAAAACGUUCAGGGUUGAGGAGAACUGGCAAGAGCUGCCGAUUGAGAUGGCUAAACUAUCUAAAACCAGAUAUAAAGCGUGGAAAUCUCACCCCACAAGAGCAGCUUUUGAUUCUUGAACUCCACUCCAAGUGGGGUAAUAGGUGGUCGAAGAUUGCGCAACAUCUACCGGGAAGAACGGACAACGAGAUCAAGAAUUAUUGGAGAACAAGGGUGCAGAAACAAGCAAGGCUUUUUAAGAUUGAUACCAAUAGCACAACAUUUCAAGACAUUAUUCGGCGCUUUUGGAUGCCGAGGUUGCUUCAAAAGAUACAAGAAUCAUCUUCUUCAGGCCUGUUUGUCCAAGACUCAGCAAUCCCUCAGCCUCUUGACAAUUGCCAUCAACAACCACCACCAGCAGCAGAACCACCGCAAGCAAUACAAAGUUUGGAUUACCAUGUAUCAGAAUCAAUGAAUAUGCCCGAAAUAUGUCAACUUUCAGAGUACCCAAUUGGUCCAUUUCAUGCCAUAGUUAACGACAAUGACUAUGACACAUUUGUCAAGGGCUGCUAUUAUGCUGACAACAAUAGCUAUGAGAUGGAAGCCUUCCACCUGGGAAGUAUGCCGGCACUGGGGAAUUUUGAAAAUUCUACCAGCAAUUCCCAUGUUGCAGAAAAUAACUGGGCUGAGAAUGAUUUUUCAGGCAGCGUGAGGAACAUGGACGAACUAUGGCAAAUAAGGAACUAAUUAACAGAGGAAACUUUUGGAUCUUGUUUUGGGCAAACCCACAAACAGUUGAUUAAGUUUGUGACAUAGAUUAGUGUUUAGGUUUAUGUCAGUAGAUUGUUAAUUUUUCUUUCUUAUUGUUUCUAUCCAAAAAUUGCAAAAUUGUUGAUUCAAAUCA